AUGCGCACCCUGAAGCUGCCAGUGGUUUUACUGGUCCUGUCUGUGGCACUAAACCAUCUGAAAGCUACACCUGCCCGGAGCGGUGAUCACCAUCAGAUGGACAAACGAAAGUGCAACACAGCCACAUGCGCCACACAACGCCUGGCAAACUUUCUGGUUCGUUCUAGCAACAACCUUGGUCCUGUCCUCCCCCCUACCAACGUGGGAUCAAACACCUACGGCAAGAGGAGCUCAGCUGAGGUCCCCAAAGAGGAACCUCUGAAUUACUUACUCCUAUAG